AUGUCAAUGUCCAGGGCUUUCACGCACGCGGUGUUCAUCUCGACAGGUGACUCCCGUCAAGGCGAUGCCGACAAUCUGACCAGUUGUGACACCUUUGAAGGAAGCAUCACAAUCUCCUCUUCAGUAAAUGGAGCAAUCACACUCAAUAAUGUGGAGGAAAUUAAGGGGUCGUUAAUCGCUGAAGGUGUAUCGGGGCUCACGAAGCUCAUCGCUCCUGAUUUGGACACUCUACACGGGGCUUUAAUGUUGAGCAACCUCGCUUCACUCGACACCCUAACUAUGGGUGCGCUGUCACGCGUAUCUUCGGGUAUUACCAUCACAGGGAACCCAAAGCUGAAAACUCUCGGUUUUGCGGAAUUAGAAGAAGUCGAUGGAUUGUUGGAAUUGACGGGCUCAUUUACAAGCGUGUCGCUUCCUUCGCUCGACCAAGCCAAAGGACAAACAACAAUUAACGGAGCCAGCUCUAUGUCAUGCAGCAGUUUGAAUGGAUUACAAUCUCAGGGCGUGUUUAAGGGCAGCUAUUCGUGCGGUGCGGGCUCCUCUGGUCUCAGCGGAGGAGCUAAAGGCGGGAUAGCAGUGGGCGUGAUUUUGAGUGUUCUCCUGCUUCUUUUGCUUCUCUGGUUCGUGCUUCGGCGGCGUCGGCAGAAACGAAGACUGGGAGGUGCCGAACCGACUGUUUCGUCUCCAUCCACUGCCGAGAUACAAGUCGAAAAGGUGUCACUUCCCGAAGAAAGAGUAUCACCAGCAAGUGAGCCGCAGAAUGCUAUGCCUCGAAAGCCGGUGGGAUCGGCGAUACUCUUGGACGGUCGCUCGAUCCAUGAGGCUCCGAUAGCGGCCACACCUGUACAAGAAUGUCAUGAACUAGACGCAGGGCCAGUUUUGAGCUCACACCAGCGACCUAUACACGCGGAACAAGAUGAUCCCUAUGACCCAGUGACGAAACUAAGUAAUUUGGGAGACCAGGAAAAUGGCCAUUUAACACAGCCUUGA